AAUGGCUUCGAGAAACGGCAACAAUGUUUCCAGCGGAGGACCUAGCCGAGUAGUGUGUGUUACAGGAGCAGGAGGGUUCAUUGGAACAUGGCUUGUGAAAGAACUACUUCUCAGAGGCUACCAUGUUAAUGGAACUGUGAGAAAUCCAGAGAGCAACGCACAUCUCAAAGAGUUGGAAGGAGCAGCAGAAAGACUUACCCUCUACAAGGCGGAUAUUCGUGACCAUGAAAACAUUCGUAACGCCUUUCGUGGGUGCGAGGGAGUGUUCCAUGUUGCCGCGCCCGUUAUUGACGACAAGGCUGUGGUGUCCUUAGCUAUUGAAGGCACCAGAAAUAUAAUCAACGCUGCAGCAGAUGUGGGUGCUCGUCGCGUCGUGCUCACAUCUUCGAUUGGAGCCAUCCACAUGAACCCUAAAAGGAGUCCCGACACCGUCGUGGAUGAAAACUGCUGGAGCGAUGUCGACUAUUGCGAGAAAACAAAGAACUAUUACAGCAUGAGUAAGACGAUAGAAGAGAUGGCAGCAAUAGUAGAGGCGAAGGCGAGGGGGAUAGAACUCGCGAUAGUGAUACCGGCAAUAACGACCGGCCCGAUGCUGCAACCGAGGUUGAAUUCGGGUUUGAUGCACAUUUUGCGCUACAUAGUUGGCGAGAAAACGAAUUUGCCAAAUGCGGUCACAGGAUAUGUGGACGUCAAAGAUGUUGCACAAGCUCACAUACUAGUCUACGAGAACCCGAAUGCGUCAGGCCGUUACUUUUGCGUCGAGAGGGUCAUCCACCGCGCCGAGCUCGUCGACAUGUUGGACGAGCUUCUUCCUGAGAAAAAUAUCAAAGCGAGGAUAAAAAAUAACAUCAAAGAGAAGAUAAAGCCCUACAAAUUCUCAAAUCAAAGGCUUAAGGAUCUGGGACUCGAGUUCACUCCGCUGAAGAAAAGCUUAUACGAAACUGUGAAGAAGUUCGAAGAGAGGGGUUUUCUUUCCCUUCCUAAGGACAUGGAUUUUCAGAAGUUAAUUCGCGCAUCGCUGUAAAUUGCGCUACUAUAUAUGCAUGCUAAAGAAAUUGGUAUCUUCUUAUAAUAGCGAAAUAUGGAAUAAUUAAACAUGCAUGAAAUUUCCUCCUUAAUUCGAUAAUAAGCACUGCUCAUAAGUGUACUUCUCUUGUAGCACUAAUAAAGCAUUUUGGGAAAUAAA